ACAAAAAUGUCGCAGAGGGCGUCAACAAAGGUUACUUCCGGGAAGAGGACAAAUGUCAACAAAGAAUAAAAUGUGACUUGUAUUGCAAAACACUGAUAUAUGAUCAAAUAUUUAUACACAGGUCAUGGUUAAAAAUGUUGUCAAACUUAAUAAAAGUCCAUCAAGCAAAACAGUCUGCGAGAAAGGAAAGACAAGAGAAAAAGAAAAGGGAGGCAAUUAUUGCAGCAUCAGCACUCACACACUCUUUAGUGGAUCAUCUUAAUGCAGGAGUUGCUAAUGCCUAUGUAAAUCAAAAGAAGCUUGAUACAGAAACAAAGAUACUUCAGUCCAAUGCUGCACAGUUCUCCAAACAGACCACACAAUGGCUUAAACUUGUAGAGGAUUUUAAUACAGCUCUUAAGGAAAUAGGAGAUGUUGAGAACUGGGCUAAAAGUAUCGAAACAGACAUGCGGACAAUUUCUAGUGCUCUGGAAUACACAUACAAAAGAAAUGAGAGUUAAUGGUAAAGAUGAGAGAUCUGUGAUAGCACAUAUGGUAAAACACUGAUGGAAGAACCCUGUGUUGGCAGAUAAUUGACUGUUAAAUUGUGCCAUAUUGAACAGAAUACAUUAUAAUCAAAAAGCAGUUGACAUUUUGUGAAGUGUGACAUUAUAUUUGGACCAUUUAUCAUAUAUGAUAUCAAACACUCAUAAUGUUCUUCAUUUUUUAAAGCCUUAAUUACUAGUUUGGGCCUCCAUGGCAUUGACUUAAAAUUACUUGCUGCUCACCAUAGUUAGUUUGAAACCUCACUCGAGGUUCAGAAUUAUUUAAUACAAGGAAGCUAUCCAGCUUGCAUAUGGAAAGUCGUGAUUCUACCCAGGUGCUGCCUUGUGCUUGUAAAAGAACAUGGAAGGGAACCAGAGGUCUUCCUUUCCCCCAUCAAAAGCUGGAAAGUCACUAUACGACAUAAAAUUGUGCUAGUGUGACAUAAAACCAAACAAAAUAAGUGAAUAAUCUUUAGAUAAUUUGAUGUACAUAAUGCAUAGUAAUUUUAGUAUGUGAACUUCAAGUUAUUUAUUAUUACAGUUCUGUUUCAAUACAUAAUGUAUAAAC